AAAAUUAAAUCCUUGAUCUCACUAUCAUUGUCAGUGUAGACUUUUAAGGUCAAAACAUCAUACAAUUAAAAUGCUAUCGUUUGAGUUCCUCUUCGGUGAGAGUCCGUCCGAAGAGACACAAUUAAUUUACUUCUAAUAGAUCGACGAAGAGCGCUAUCUUGCAUACCAAAACCUCGUGCAUCGAUGCAAAUCGGCUCAGUUCACAAAUCGAUCUCGACGGGGUGAUUAUAUGCCGAACCAGAAAAUAAUCAAGUGUGUUUAAACAAUAAUGAAAUCCACUGUUAACCUUUGUUUGGUGAUUCUAUUGUUGGUGGCAACCACUUUGGAAGCCCGUCACCAUCGGGACCACCAUCGCAGCCAUCGGAAACGGGACCAAAAUGUGCACAUUGAAAUCUACUACCCGAAAGGAUUGAUGAUCUGGUACCCAAUGCAACAGGAAAUGGCAGGUUUCGGAAUUGAGAUAUUCCUGAACCAGAAGCACAGCCUGGACGCACCUAAAUGUGACAUUUGCCUCAAUACAACGGAAGUUACAUACGGGAAAUUUAUGAUUCACAGUGACAAUGCUAUCAUUAGAACUGGCGAUCAUCUUAAGUACAGAGUGAUCAAGCAAAUGGUCAACGGAUCGGUACACGCUUUGAAGAGCAACGAGUUCUACGUGGCAGAUUAUCGCAUUUUACCUCGAUUGGAGGGAUGUUCUUCUCUUGUGUCCACAUCCGGAUCGACUAAAGAUCAAUCAAGCAUCGCCGGGCUUGAAGCCGAAGUCAACCUGUUGGAAAACAUUGUUUACGAUGUUUUUCAACAUUGCAACAACGUCACCCAAACCAGUAAGAAUCUUUUCCUGCACUCCCGUCCGGAGAAACCACUCCUCGAUUUGAAGUCACUUUAUAACCAUACCCUGCAAGUGCUAAAGAAAACGCUCCCGAGCAUAGACUGGAACAAGAAACUGAUGCAUGCUUUCUACUACGAGAAUGGCGUUGGAUUUGAAGUGAAGACUUUGAUUGACAAGCUGAAGGUCCUGCAGAUGUCCAAGAAUUUAAUACACCCUUAUGCCGUUAGUGAUAUGGAUGAUUUGGGGCAUUUUGAUACCGACAACGGAAGUGGGGAGAGUUACCAGCUUAGUGUCGGUGAUAUAAGAAUGUCUAAUUAAAUAUUUUAGAGUGUGAUUUUAAUGAAUUUCAAAAUA